GAUGUCGUGUGAGGAGGCUCAGCUCCACAAAGAGAGGCUGCAGGCCCUGGCGGAGAAGCGAAAAAGACAAGCCGAAAUUGAGGACAAACGAAGUCAGCUUGACGAUUUGGUGCUACAGCUUCAACAUGUUAAGUCCAAAGCCAUGCGUGAGCGAUGGCUCCUCCAGGGAAUGGGAGCAGAGGAAGAGGAGGCCCGGCGGAAACAGUUGGAGAAGGACGAAGAACAAGGGAAAAUGCUUGAAAAUAUGAUACAUAGGUUGGAGUCUGAAAUUGGAGCGCUUGAAAGCGAAGAGUCACAAAUUUCAGCUAAAGAGCAAGUGCUUCGCGAGCGUCUGAAAGAGACGGAACGCUCCAUCGAAGAUCUGCAAAAGAGUCUAAUGAUCCAGGAAGAAGGUAUCAGAGAAACGCACACAAAUGUUACUGGCCGAGGGUCUGCGCCUCUCUCGGACUUCAUGGACCCCGAUCCCAACCACCUCGACCUGGCUGCCCAAUUGCAAGACAGUCCACCACUUUCUGGAGCGCACACCAUGUCAAGACCUGCAAUGUUCGCCAUGGAGAUCAACGUGCAGCACGACCCACAGACUGGCGAGCAGCGGAUCCUGUCAGCCAACCGCGUGAACCCGAUGGACGUAGCGUCACGAGGAGUCAAAGUUUAUGAUGAUGGCAGAAAAGUGGUCUAUGAGGUUACUUCCUCUGGGGGUGUCUCCACCACCACUGUUGAGAACGGCUGGAGUUCUGCGCAGGUUGACCAACUGGUCCAACGGGCUGCCAGGCCUAUGGUACGAGGAGGAGAUGAAGGAAAGGGUCAGGUAACAGUGAGCCCAGCUGCCCAUCAGGCCAACAUUUCCCCAGCAGAUGAUAUGUCCCCACCCUCCUGUGCCCCACCAUCCAUCCCUUCCAGUCCACCAGCACAGGUCACCCUCCAGAGAGAGACCCGCCUAGGCAUGAUGCCCCCCGCUUCUGCUCCCAUCACAUCCCAACCAAGCUCCUCAGUCCACCAAGGAAAUGAGCUUGCUUCCCAAUCCCAAGCUAGCAUAGAGCACCCAGUUACUAUGGUGUUCCUCGGCUACCAGGACGUGGAAGACAUGAGCGACAGCAGACGGCUUCUUGGCUUUGACGGCGCCGUGAAGGCCGAGGUGGUACUCAUUGACGAGGAUGAUGAGAAAUCUCUGAGGGAGAAGACGGUGACCGACAUCUCCAUCAUUGAUGGCACCGCGGCUGACCUUGUGUCGGGGCGGCCGGCCACAUCUGAAGCCAUCAGUACAGAACUGUCAUCGGAUGGCCGUGAGCCCGACAGCGCUUCGUCACCCCCUGCAAAUCCAGACGCAAACACUGCCCUGCCACCUGGCCUCACCCCUGCCACAGGCUACAGCCAAUCUUCAGGUGCUAACAUGACAACACAAGACAUCUGUGAGGUUCCUGUUCCAAACAGACAUCCUCACACAGCCAUGGUGAGUAUAUAUUGAUGG